AUGUUCUCCAAAAGAAAGCCCCUUUACAGAUUCCCACUCAUUCCUGUGUCUGUACUUGUCAUAUGCCUCUCCUUGUUGUUUUUGUAUCAGAACUAUGUGAAACCUGAUUCUCAGUUCUCUAGAUUGUCAUCAGCAUCUCAUACCCCUCAAUGCUCCAGCCAAGCCCUCACCUUAGGCGAGAAAUUCAUGUGGUAUGCACCUCACAGUGGGUUCAGCAACCAGCUUUCGGAGUUCAAGAAUGCUGUUGUAAUGGCAGGAAUACUGAAUCGAACUUUAGUGGUUCCUCCUAUUUUGGAUCACCAUGCUGUUGCUUUAGGUAGCUGUCCAAAGUUUCGGGUUGUAGACCCAAAGGACAUUCGGAUCUCUGUUUGGGAUCAUGUGAUUGAGCUUGUUCAGAGUCGAAGGUAUAUAUCAAUUGCGGAAAUCAUAGACAUCUCAUCAUUAGUUUCUUCCUCUCUUGUUCGAGUGAUUGAUCUUAGGGAUUUUGUGUCAAUAUGGUGUGGCGUCAGCUUAGAAUUGGCGUGCGUUACAGAUACAAAGUUGCAGUCCUCUGUUUCUGAAAACCUUAAGCAAUGUGGAUCUCUGCUAGCUGGGGUCCAUGGUAGUAUAGAAAAGUGUAUAUAUGCUGUCAAUGAAGAUUGCAGAACUACAGUUUGGACUUACCAUGAAGAUGGCAAUGGAGAUGGCAUGUUAGAUUCAUUCCAACCAGAUGAACAACUGAAGCAGAAAAAGAAAAUACCAUUUAUUAGGAGAAGGAAGGAUGUAUUUAAGACUCUAGGACAUGGUUCUGAAGCUGAAUCAGCCUCACUGCUGGCAUUUGGAACCCUUUUUUCUGCCACAUACAAAGGUUCUGAACUAUAUGUUGAUAUUCAUGAGUCUCAUCAGAAUCAGAGGUUUGUAUCUUUGAUGGAGAAGAUUAAACUUCUUCCAUUUGUCCCAGAAAUUCUGGUAGCUGGAAAGGAGUUUGUUAAACAAACCAUAAGGGCUCCAUUUCUUUGUGCACAACUUAGAUUGCUGGAUGGACAAUUUAAGAAUCAUCAAAAGGCUACAUUUCAAGGCUUAAAGCAAAAACUAGAAUCUUUGAGUAAGGAAGGCCCUCUACCAGUUCAUAUUUUUAUAAUGACUGAUCUUCCUAGAGAUAAUUGGCCUGGUACGUGUUUAGGCGAUUUAAUAAGUGACAAACAUAACUAUAAGGUAUAUUUCUUGAGAGAGAAUGAUAAGCUGAUUAGGCGAGCAGCUGUGAAACUCAUGUCUGCAGGUCAUGGACAGAGGUUCCUUUCAAAUUCAGAUAGUACAAUUGGUAAAAAGUAUUGUUCCAGUCAGAGAUUACCAGAUUUACUUCUCUAUAUUGAGCAGGCUGUAUGCAGCUAUGCAUCUCUUGGUUUUGUUGGAACAUCUGGGUCAACAAUUGCUGAAAACAUAGAACUCAUGAGAAAAUUUGGCUCAAGUUCUCAGCAAUGA